AUGAAAUCCAAGGCCAAGGACUCGUUGGAAUCCCUGCGCGAUCAGGCUGCCAGGGAUUACGAGCUGGGGCGCCAAGCAGGGCGGGAUGCAGAUGACCUGGUAGCAGAGCAACUAGGCCUCUCCUCAAGCCGAGAGUUGUCGGGCGUGCAGGAGCGAUACAAGGACAGGAUCAAGGAGUCCCUGGAAAAGAGGGCAAAGGAGCUGCAGAGCCAGCAGGCGCAGCGUGAAAGGGGCAUGAAGCUGGGGAAGAUUGCCUACGGCAGGGGACGCUACUCUGCAGCUGUCACCCUUUUCGAAGCCGCGCUGGAAGAGGAGGGCCCCUUCUCCCACCUGGGAGGAGACAUCCAAAUGUGGCUUGCUCUCUCCUACCAGGCAAGUUUAUCUUGGGCAUGUGGGCGGGAGGCUGAGUGCAUCGACGUGUACAAGCGCCUGGAGGAGUCGCACCCGCUCCCAUCCACGCGGCGUCGGGCGGCCGACCUGCGCUACAUCAUGGAGGCCCCCAAGCUGCCCCUCAGCGACAAGGACAGGGUGCACAUCCCUGUGCUGAAGAACAUGGACGUGAACAGGGGCGUCCGGGCACCCACAAACCGGCCCAGGGCCCCGCCGACGACCGCGUCGAAGCGCGAGAAGACGUGGGACGAGCGGUUCUGGGAGACCUAUGAACCGCCCCAAUACCUGACCAACAAGUACGUCUGGUUUGCAUCCAGCCUGCUGGCUGUGGCCGUGAGCAUCUACGGCAACAUGGCCCGGCAUGGGCUGGGCAGGCUCAGCUUGUGA